ACAAUAAUAAUAGUUUAUCAGUCUAAAUUUUAUUUUUUGGAAUAUUUUGCGAGAAACAAAACACCCUCUUGGUGUUGGAGCGCUAAUUGUUGGAAGAACUAAAAAUUGGACGAAGGGCAAAGAAUUUACCAAAAAUUUAAAAAGAACAAAACUUCUAACCUUAAUAACUAAGCAUCAGAAUUCAGACCAGAGCUCCGAUCCUUAGGAGGUGCGACACGGCGCGCGAGGAUCAUUUCCUUUCCCGUGGUGGCGAGCCGAGUGAUGAGUUUGACAAGGAAAUGGUGGAGGCGCCGCCGCCGCCGCCGCCGCCGCGGAGGCGGAGAGGGCGAGGAAGACGACGACGACGAUGAUGGAGGCGAUCCCUUCUCCCUCCCGUCGCGCGACGAUCUCCAACCCAUCGACACCCUAGAUCAGGAGGAGAUGGUGCGCUCCUUUGAGAGGAAGUACGCCCUACAAAGCCUUGUGUGGAGGCGUGUGUUUGCUGGGUUCAUCCUCGGCUACGCGGGGUUCAUGAUGUACUCCAUCUUCCACCAAGUUUGGUUUCCUUGGGAAUUGCGCUAUCAUGCUUACUUCAUGGAAGAUGUACAGCUGUGGAUGGUCCUUUUUGCAGACUCGGUUGCUGUGGUAGCUUGUUUAUUGGCAGUCAAGGGGCUACUCCAUGCUUCAGGCUCCUCUAAGCAGUGGCUGUGGUACUCAAGCUAUCCUGCUCUAUUGGUGGCUGUCUUUUGGUUGUAUUACAUCUUGAGGUUACCGAAGUUUCGGUGGGAUAUAAUAUGGCUUCCAUUUGCUCCUUUAAGUGGAGCUGGCAUGUGCCUCUAUGUGGACAAUCUGCUUCGG